UCUUAGUUCAUUCACGAUGACCAUGGUUAUGGGGAACACGGCGAAUUUAGACGCUGCCAUUGAGCAAUUGUUGAAUGCAGAGAAGCAUGCGAGGCUCGCCGGCGACGUUUCCGCCACUAGAAACGCCGUCACUGACAUUUUACGACUAUGCUUCGAAGCGCGUGCCUGGAAAACCCUCAAUGACCAGAUUGUUCUCCUGUCCAAACGACGUGGCCAGCUUAAGCAGGCUGUGACAGCAAUGGUGCAGCAAGCUAUGCAGUAUAUUGAUGAAACACCCGAUGUUGAAACUCGUAUAGAACUCAUCAAAACCUUGAAUAGUAUAUCUGCAGGAAAGAUAUAUGUAGAGAUUGAGAGAGCUCGAUUGAUUAAGAAACUUGCAAAGAUUAAGGAAGAACAAGGGCUUAUAGCUGAAGCUGCUGAUUUGAUGCAAGAAAUUGCGGUGGAAACUUUUGGUGCCAUGGCAAAAACGGAGAAAAUUGCAUUCAUUCUUGAACAAGUCCGGUUGUGCCUAGACCGCCAAGAUUAUGUUCGUGCACAAAUACUCUCAAGAAAGAUCAGUACAAGAGUAUUUGAAGUUGAUGCUUCAAAGGAAAAGAAAAAGCCUAAAGAAGGUGAUAAUGUUGUUGAAGAAGCCCCUGCAGAUAUACCAUCUCUACCAGAGUUGAAGCGGAUUUAUUAUGAACUAAUGAUUCGGUAUUAUUCCCAUAAAAAUGAUUAUCUUGAAAUUUGCCGUUGCUACAAGGCAAUAUAUGAGAUUCCAUCUGUCAAAGAAGAUCCUGCCGAGUGGAUUCCAAUCCUGAGGAAAAUAUGUUGGUACUUGGUUCUAUCACCGCAUGAUCCUAUGCAGUCAAGCCUUCUCAAUUCCACCUUGGAGGAUAAGAAUCUGUCCGAGAUUUCAAACUUUAAAUUACUGUUGAAACAGUUGGUCACUAUGGAGGUUAUCCAAUGGACAACUCUUUGGGAUGCAUACAAAAACGAGUUUGAGAAUGAGAACAACUUAGGAAAAUCUUUGGGUGAAAAAGCCGCAGAAGAUCUGAGGGAAAGAGUAAUUGAACAUAAUAUUCUUGUUGUAUCAAAAUACUAUGCAAGGAUUAAUUUGAAGAGACUUGCAGAGCUUUUGUGUCUCAAUAUUCAGGUAGCUGAGAAGCAUCUUUCAGAUAUGGUUGUGUCUAAGGCACUGGUGGCAAAGAUUGAUAGGCCUAUGGGAAUAGUUUGUUUCCAAACAGCCAAGGAUAGCAAUGACAUUCUUAACUCAUGGGCAGCAAACUUGGAGAGACUGCUUGAUCUUGUGGAGAAGAGCUGUCAUCAAAUACACAAGGAAACCAUUGUGCAUAAAGCUGCUUUGAAGUUUUAAGAAGGUCCAUAUCACCGUUAAAAUUUACAGCUGGUAAUUGCAGGUGAACCCCAGUAUCAAUGUCAUGUUGGACUGAAGAUGCCUUAUCAGGAUGUUCGUUCGAAUUGUCACAGAUUAGGUUGGUGAGGAAUUGCAUUAAACAAUGAUGUUUUUUUUUUUUUUUUUUUCAUUUUAUAUAGUCAUUCAUGCAAUUAGGGUACAGCUGGAUACAUGCUUCUUAGUGUUGUAUACAACUGGUACAUGCCGUACCACUACUGUCUAAUGACAGGAUCCUAAAUGGUCUUGUUUGUAGUUCAAUGGGAAGAAAUG